AUGGCUUCUUCUUCAUACACUAAUGAUUUAGAUAGAGCCAUCGAUGAAACUGUUGAUCAAUAUUUUGAUCAAGUUUGUGAUCAAACCUUUGAAAAUCUUUCCAUUGCAUAUGGUGUUCAGCAAGAGACAAUAAAUCCACGGAAGAGAAGAGCUUAUAUUGAAAGAAACCGUGAAGAAGGGCACAACCGUUUGUGGAAUGAUUAUUUCGCAGAAAAUUCAACAUAUCCUGCAAAUCUAUUCCGCCGGCGUUUUAGGAUGAACAAGCCAUUGUUCUUGCAUAUUGUUGAGAGGCUUUCCAAUGAAAUUCCCUAUUUUCAGCAGAGGAAUGAUGGUUCCGGAAGGCCUGGUCUCUCUGCGCUUCAGAAGUGUUCAGUAGCAAUCCGUCUCUUGGCAUAUGGCACUGCUUUUGAUACGGUUGAUGAAUACCUUCGUCUCGGUGCAACUACGGCUCGUAAAUGUUUGGAACAUUUUGUAGAAGGUAUAAUUGUUCUCUUUGGGGAUGAGUACCAAAGACGCCCCACCCCUCAGGAUCUUAGACUACUUGCUAUUAGAGAGUCGAGAGGAUUCCUCGGGAUGAUAGGAAGCAUUGAUUGCAUGCACUGGGAGUGGAAGAAUUGUCCCACGGCAUGGAGAGGACAAUUUACCUGUGGUUCUGGCAAGCCCACCAUCGUUUUAGAGUCUGUAGCCUCAUAUGAUCUGUGGAUAUGGCAUGCAUUUUUUGGACCUCCAAGUACUCUAAACGACAUAAAUGUUCUUGAUCGCUCACCUGUUUUUGAUGAUAUCAUACAAGGUCGAGCUCCGCAAGGUCAAAAGUCAAAAUUAUUUGCUACCACUCAAGAGAGCGUCCGAAAAGAUGUCGAGCGUGCUUUUGGAGUAUUGCAAGCUCGAUUUGCCAUUAUUAAAAACCCGGCACUUAGUUGGGAUAAAGCAAAAAUUAGCAAAAUUAUGAGGGCAUGCAUCAUUCUCCACAACAUGAUAGUAGAAGAUGAGCGGGAUGAAUGGGCGGGAUACACACAAUAUAAUGUUGCUGAAUUCCAACAAGGAGACGGAAACGGAAAUGCACAAGUGGAUCAAGAUUAUUCGACAAACCAGCCUACAAAUAUCGCUAAUAUGUUCGAUGCUCGGAACAGAGUUCGGGAUUCAGACAUUCAUAAGCAAUUGAAAAAGGAUUUGGUUGAUCAUAUAUGGCAAAAGUUUGGUCACUUAGUGGGUAAUUAA